AUCACUUUAAUCAUUUUAUUAUAAUUGUAUUUUAUGUAAUAAUUCAUGCAAAAAGCGUUUUGAGCUAUGAGAAAGAAGUUAGAACUUGAAGAGAAACCUAUUUGCAAUGUUGUUUCAGUAUAUAGAGAAAGAGGAAAUUACUUGCAACGCUUAGAGCAAUUCGAGAAAGCAAUUUUGGCCUACAACGAAGCACUGCGAUGGAAUAAAACAGACGUGCGUUCUCUGCUGGGUAGGAGUUUGGCUCGCGCUAAAGCAACUUAUUACACUGGUGCUUUAAGAGAUGCCGCUCGAGCAGCUGAAUUGGAGCCAGAAAAUCUUACGGCUUUACAGAUAAAAGCUCAAACGGAAUAUGAAAAGUGUGCUUUUGAACGAUCGCUUCUGCUUUCAUAUGGAGGACAACGACUCCGUAAACUGCCACCAAAUUUUGAGGACUGCGCUAGAUGUGCAGAAGAAACGAUACGAGAAUGCACCGGUCUGAGUUCUUCUAAAAUUAUGUUAGCUGCUGCAAAAUUAUCUCCGCCAAUCAAUUUGCUCCAAGAUUCACAAAAUGGUAUAACAAGAACUACAAUCCGAAAAAGUCGGAUGCAAUCAAAGUCGACUCCACAGGUUCAAGAAAUAUCUCGAGUGGAGAGGAAAAGAAAUGAAAACAUCAGUCGUCUAAUGGCAUCCAAAUAUUUGGAACAAAUGGCUCACGACAAAUAUUUCUUAACAGCGCUAUAUAAGGAUGAAAGAAUUAUUUCCGCCAACAAGAAAGGAUCUAAAGAAUUGAGAGAACUAGCUAGAAGUGCGCUUGCUGACAUUGAAAAACGACAAGAAGUCCUUAGGGAACGUAGACCACUAUAUGCAGCACGAGCUCCAGAAUCAGAGGCUCGGGCAAGAUUAUCGAAAGCUCGAAAACAGAGAAUCUUUAAUGCUCAACGCCAGCAUAUAACAGAUGCUCGCCGUUUAAUAAAUACAACACAAGAAAUGUACGAAAAACAUGAUACUUUAAAAUGUCUGGAAGCUGCUGAAUUUGGAAUGGAACAGAUAGCAAGAAUACCAGCAAGGUUACUACCCGGGAAAGAGAAGCUUUUACAGGAAUUACAUGAAAUCGUUGCGGAAGCUUUUCUGGACCAGAAACGUAUUAAGAAAGAAAUGAGUGAAGGAGAUCGUGAGAAAAGAGCUUUUAUACUCUUAGGAAUACCGAUAUCUAGAGAACCGAGUAGAGAUUCAAUCCUACGUACUCGUCCACCAGCACCUUGUCGGGAUGCUAAACGAAGACUACGCACUCUAGAACGCUGUUUGACUCUAAGUAGUCAUGCUUCUGAAAGAUGUUACGUCCUGCAUGAGUUAGCUCGUCUUCAAAUUGACAUUAAACAAGCGCAUAAAGCCCGAUUUUAUGCUUCUAAGUGCCAAUCAGAAUCCAGAUCUGCAAACCAACGACUGUGGCUGCUCAAUGCUACAUUCCUAUUGGCACGUUGUCAUAUCUUACAGAACAAUCGCCCUGAGAGUCGUGCCACAUUAUUAGAAGGGGCAGGACUUGCAAAAGCUUUUGGAUAUCCAGAUGUUGCCUCCUUCUUCGAUACGUGUGUAGAUGUAUCUCUUGAGGGUGAAAUUGGUUCAAAUGAUUCAAUAUUGGAAAAGCGUGAAAAAGCUGUGGUCAACUUAAUGCAAGACGAAGACAUGCGACAGGCAGCUCAACAUUUAUUCCGAAGAAUGUCUGCCAUACCUGCAUCGAGACGAUUUUCCAUAAUGCCGGGUGCUCGUGCUGAUGACGCGGCUCCGGCAGGAAAUCGCCGGGCUUCUAUUAUGCCGCGAACACAACUUCCCGCAAGGCUAGUGCGUACCAGUCAACAUCCACUCGGCUUUCAGGAUUUUGAUUUAUAAAAUUCGUAAAUGUUUUAAAAUAUGAUAUGAAAAUGUUUAACGUUGAUAAAAAUUCUAGAACGUUAAAUUUUAAUUUACAUGAAAUUAAAUGUGUUUGAUGUUAAAUAAAUGUUUUUAAAGAUUUUUAUAUGUGGUUGUUGUUGUUCACAAAAAAUAAUUUAUGAUAAACACUUCUAACGCAAUUGACUUGAGAGAGUUUUUUUAGAAGAUUUUAUAUAUAAAAUAUUAACUCAAUGAAAUUUAUGGACAUUGAGGCUGAAAUUUAAAAUAUUUUAUCCACUUAAGCAUUUUAUGAUUAAUAGGUCAUUUCUUUAAAAUUAAUAAUUCUAUUAAAUGAAUAAAUUUUUGGUAUACAUAAAAUUUUUCUAGUAAAUAUACUUCAAAAAUAUUUUUUACGAAAACACGUACAUGUAUGUAGUAAUUUAUACAAAAAUAAAUAUUAUAUCAUUUAAAAAUUACAUGCAUUUUAAAUUUUACAAUGUUUAUUUCACUAGUUCACAAGGCUGUAUUUAUCUUCGCACGCACUUAAA